CAGAGAAAAAAAAUGGCUUUGAUGGCACAAACACUCUCUCACCAGUGCUUUCACAACUACCAGCAGCUUUAUGUGAACACAAAAAAACCCAAGAACCUUCUUCAUUCAUUCUCUCUCCCAAAACCUUCUUUCUCCAUUUCAACUAAAACCCAUUACAAAAGCUCAACAGCUUCAGCAGUCACUCCAUCAUCACAACACAAUCCUCAACUGACAUUAUCUCAAAACAUCACCCAACUUUGUGAAUUUGGUGACCUCGAUGAAGCAUUACUGCUUUUACAACAGAACAAUGAAAUUCACACUGAAAAGUAUGAGCAAGCUAUUGCUGUUAAUACUCUAUUACAAUCUUGUGGGAAAAGGAAGGAUAUUGAAAUGGGCCGUAAAGUUCACAGCUUUGUAUCAGAAUUAUCUCAAUUCAAUAAUGAUUUUGUUAUGUAUACGCGUAUUAUUACGAUGUAUUCAUUGUGUGGGUCUCCAGUGGAUUCUCGUAUUGUGUUUGAUAACUUACAGAAGAAGAAUUUGUUUCAAUGGAAUGCACUUAUUAGUGGUUAUACGAAAAAUGAGCAUUGGAUUGAUACGGUUUUAGUUUUCUGUGAAAUGCUUACGGUGUCAGAGUUUAAACCUGAUAAUUUUACUAUGCCGUGUGUUAUUAAAGCUUGUGGGGGACUUUCGAGUGUAGAACUUGGACAAGGAAUUCAUGGUUUAGUUAUAAAGAUGGGAUUGGAUUUAGAUUUGUUUGUGGGUAAUGCUUUGAUUGCCAUGUAUGGGAAAUGUGGGGUUACUCAAGAUGCGGUUACGGUGUUUGAGAAAAUGCCUGACAAGAAUAUGGUUUCAUUCAAUUCUUUGAUUCGCGGGUAUUCGGAGAAUGGGUUUCUGGAUGAAAGUUUUGAUGUGUUUAGGAAUAUGUUGGAAUCUGAAGAUGGUCUGAGACCUGAUGUUGCAACUAUGGUGACAGUACUUCCUGUUUGUGCAGAGGAGGGAAAAGUGGAGAUGGGGAUGUUACUGCAUGGGCUGGCUGUAAAAUUGGGGUUACUUCAUGAUCUAAUGGUGAUCAAUGCUUUAGUUGAUAUGUAUGUUAAGUGUGGGUAUAUAUCAAAUGCUCGGGCCCUGUUUGACAAGAAUGUUCAGAGGAAUGUAGUCUCUUGGAAUGUCAUGAUUGGUGGUUACUCUAGAGAAGGAAAUGUCCAAGAAACCUUUGAUUUGCUACGCGAAAUGCAAAAGGAGGAGAAAAUGGGAGUGAAUGUGAUCACUAUCUUGAAUGCAUUGCCAGUUUGCAUAGAGCAUUCGGAAAUGUGUAGCUUGAAGGAGCUGCAUGGCUACUCUUUCAGAAAUGAAUUUCAUUGUGAUGAAAUGGUAAAUAAUGCUCUCAUUGCUGCUUAUGCUAAAUGUGGAUCUUUGAGUGCUUCAAACAGUAUUUUUGAUUUGAUGGAGACGAAGACUGUGAAUUCUUGGAAUGCAGUCAUUGGGGGGAGUGCACAAAAUGGAGAUCCAAGUGAUGCAGUAGAAUUAUUUCUCCAGAUGGUAGAUUCUGGGAUAAAGCCUGACUUGUUUACCAUUGGUAGCUUACUGCUAGCUUGUGCUCAUCUAAAAUCACUAAAAUAUGGUAAAGCAGUUCAUGGCUUUGUGGUAAGAAAUGGGUUGCAUUUGGAUUCUUUUAUUGGUGUUUCGCUGCUUUCUCUUUACAUCCGAUGUAGGAAGGCAUCGAAUGCGAGGAUUUUUUUCGAUGAGAUGGAUGUAAGAACUACGGUAUCAUGGAAUGCAAUGAUUGCUGGGUACUCUCAGAAUGCACUACCACAGAGUGCCAUUGAUCUCUUUCGUGAAAUGCAACAGCAUAAUGUCCAACCUUCUGAGACGGCAAUACAGAGCAUACUGACCGCUUGUGCACAAUUAGCAGCUUUGCGUCUUGGAAAAGAGGCCCACUGUUUUUCCAUAAAAGCAGAUCUUAUUGGAGAUGCAUUUGUCAGUAGUUCAAUUAUAGAUAUGUACGCAAAAACUGGUUCUAUAGAGCAGUCUCGUAGGACCUUUGAUGGGCUAGUCGAGAAAGAUGCAGUUUCAUGGACAGUGAUGGUCACAGGAUACGGACUUCAUGGACUUGGUAAAGAGGCUAUUGAGAUCUUUGAGGUGAUGCAUAGACAAGGCUUGAAGCCUGACCGGUAUACUUUUAUCGGUAUCCUAAUGGCAUGUAACCAUGCGGGGUUGGUCGAAGAGGGUCUUAAGUACUUCUCAGAGAUGCAGAGUGUACACAAAAUAGAACCAAAACUAGAGCAUUAUGCAUGCAUGGUUGACAUGCUGGGUAGAGCUGGGCACUUAGACCAUGCAGCCUGUCUUGUGGAGAAGAUGCCUGAUGAACCUGAUGCUGGAAUUUGGGGUUCACUACUAAGUGCUUGUCGAACUUAUGGAAAUAUGGAUCUUGGUGAAAAAAUUUCAAAGAAGUUGUUAGAUCUGGAGCCAGGCAAGGCUGAGCACUAUGUGUUAGUCUCAAACUUGUUUGCAGGAUCGGGCAGGUGGGAUGAUGUAAGAAAGGUGAGACAGAAGAUGAGGGAGAUGGGACUGGUAAAUAAUCCCGGUUCUAGUUGGAUAGAAGUAGGAGGAAAAGUUUAUAACUUUGUUGCCAGUGAUGACGCACAUACGGAAUCUAAAGAGAUACAUAGAAUGUGGAGGGAAUUAGAGGAGAAAAUACGUGGCAUUGGAUAUGUACCUGACACAGGCUCGGUGUUACACGAGUUGGAUGAAGGAGAGAAGGAAGAGUUAUUACGAGGUCAUAGUGAGAAGCUUGCUAUAUGUUUUGGGCUCUUGAAGAUGACAAAAGGUUCUAUACUACGGGUUUACAAGAAUAUUCGUAUUUGUCAUGAUUGUCAUAAUGCAGCCAAGUUGGUCUCUAAGGUGAUGCAGAGACAGAUAAUUGUGAGGGACAAUAAAAGGUUCCACCAUUUUAGAGAUGGGCUGUGUUCUUGUGGAGAUUAUUGGUAGGCAUAAGACAAAUGCUUUAUGUUAGGUAAGGGCUUGUUUUUUCUCCUUUCCAAUUAGAGUGUGACCGUUCACAGCUACCUCCUCCAUCCUAAAGCUUAGUAUACUUUUUUCACAUUUAUUUAGGUAAUCCACAGAUUAUUCUAUUGCAAGGCUUCAUCUUGCUGUAGCGACUAACCAUCAUCAGUGAUUUAGCAUCAAACUCUUACACCCGGCACUUGUGGUUGCCUGAAUUAAUCAUCUUCCUCCGUUUACUUCUUCUAAACACAUUUAUCUCUUCACUGAGAUCAAUGUUGUGCAAGGCAUGACAGAUGUAAUUGAGUACCAAUUUAGCGCACCAUUCUACCCUUAUCCAGGCUUGGGACCUCCAGGCUUCAACGGAUUGUAAUAAUAUAUAAGGUGAGGCCUUUAUUGAUCAAGGCUGGUGGGGUUCUUCAUAAUGAUUGAUGUUUGAAAAGUCAUGGAGUCACUAAUUUCUUGGAGCAGUUUGCAGACAUUAUUGGUGUACAUUUUGCUUUACUAGCCGAUAGAAAUUGUCUCAAUUGAAGACAAAGGUGGAUUAGUAAUUUUUUAAUACUUAACAGAAGAAGAUAGGAGCUGAGAGAGAAAGGACAAAGAGACACGCGUUUCAUCUAAUGGAGUAAAUCCAUGGAACUAGUGAUGGAU